AUGAUCUAUUUUCAGACUGUCAGAAUGGAACACAACGUAAAUUAUGUCAGGUUAUCGCAAAGCCUGCCGAAAGACUUGUGUCUCACGUGGAAGAACAUUUCGUUCACGGUUCAGAAAAAGUGCAAUGGUGGUGGCCUGCGGGCGAUGUUCGGAUUACAGCAGACUGAAUUUAUUUCUUUGCUAAACGGAGUCAGCGGUAUAGUUAAUUCGGGGAUGUUGAUGGCUAUCAUGGGACCAAGCGGCGCUGGGAAAACUACGUUGCUCGCGACGAUCAGCCGACGCGUUAAAGGAAGAGCAACGGGCGAUAUACUUCUGAACGGGAAACCCAUUGACACCGGGCAAAUGAUAAGGAUAUCAGGCUUCGUCCCGCAAACAGACUUGGCGGUCGAGUCGCUCACAGUUCAGGAGCACAUGGAUUUCAUGGCCUGCAUGAAAAUGGACAGGCGAGUUCGUUUGGCCGUUCGAAAGCAACGGAUCGCCGCCAUUUUGGCGGAACUGGGUCUCGGAAAAUGCGGCAACACGAAGCUGUCGACGUUAUCGGGCGGAGAAAGAAAAAGGGUAGCUCUGGCCGUUCAACUACUAACCGAGCCGAACAUUCUCUUCUGCGACGAGCCAACCACGGGUUUGGACAGUUACGGCGCACUGACAGUGGUGAGAACGCUCAGAGAAGUCGCAGCUAGCGGAAGAAUCGUAAUUUGCUCUGUGCAUCAGCCUGCUUCCGGUUUGCUGGACAUUUUCCACGAGGUUCUUUUGCUUUCCAACGGAAGAGUAGCUUUUCAGGGCUCCUCCGCCGAUGCCACGGAAUUUUUCGACAGCCUGGACCUGCAUUGUCCACCGACCUUCAACAGCGCCGAAUUUUACGUCUCUCAGUUGUCGAUCGUUCGAGGGAAGGAGGCUGAAAGUUACGAAAAGGUGAAUUGGAUCUGUGACCAAUACGAGAAAUCCGAACACGGUCAGAGGAUCUCGAAACUGAUCGAGUAUUCUUGCGCCGGUGUAAUAGAGUCCAACGAGCUUCCGUUAAUAUUCUCGGAGGUUCCAACAGCUCCCAGGGAUUUCAAGAAGGCUCCAGCGUUUACGCAGGUGCGAUGGCUCACCUGGAGAACGUACGUCGAUUACAAAAGGAACUCAGCUUCUAAUCUGCUCCGAUUUGUAACUUACAUGUUUAUAGGCCUGCUAGUAGCCUCACCCUACGUGGACGUGACAAGUGAACCGAUGGACCAGGGUGGAAUACAGAACAUGCAAGGACUUUUGUACCUGGUGGUCGUCGAGACUGUGUUCACCUUUAAUUACGCCGUGUUCUACACUUUCCCUCGUGAACUGCCACUUUUACUACGCGAUAUCGCUGGUGGACUCUACAGUCCAGCGCCAUAUUAUAUCAGCAAGGUUCUCGUUUUGAUACCUGGCGCGAUAUUUCAACCACUACUUUACGCAUUGUUAAUAUUCGUCAUCACUGGACUGAAGGGUGGAGUCUCGGGUUUCGUUUACUUCGCACUGCCAGUAAUGGUCUCCGCAAUUUCCGCGUCAGCUCUCGGUUUAUUUUUAUCGGCGUCGUUUAAAUCAGUGGACACCGCCUCCCUCUUCUCCGUGCCUUUGGACUUUCUUGGGCUGAUGUUUUGUGGGAUUUACUUGCACCUUGGACACUUAUCGCCCGGUAUCGUGUGGUUGAAAUACGUGUCCCAAUUCUAUUACGGUCUGGAAGCGGUUUCUUUAACUCAAUGGCUACAGAUCGAUCACAUAAACUGUUCGCCGGAUCCUGAAGAGCCUUGCAUAUCCAGCGGUCUCGGAGUCCUUGAGAAGUACGGUUAUCUUCCGGGUCACUACGUAAUGGAUCUGAUUGGUCUGCUGAUAAUAUUUGCCGUCAGCCAUUUUGCUGGUUACCUUCUAAUCCGUCGUCGAAGCAGCAAGGAGGCCGUUUAUUAAAACACUGAAUCACGAUUUAGUUAAUUAACAUAU